CCCCUGACCCCAUCAGAAGUCAACAAAUCCAUAUUCAACAUGACUGCCAGCAAAGCCUCUGAAUGCAUUGGCAAUGGUAUCCUCACUGCCCAGAUCUUCUAAAACAGUGCAAAACCACAACAAGGCAAACUCUGUACUACACGAACUGAUCUGCAAAUGUUGGCAAGAAGAAAAAUUAAAUUUGUUCUAAAUCAAGACAAAAGAAAAAGUAAAGUACCCAAAGCAAGAUGGCUGAUAUAGAGCAUGAGUCCAGUCUUGACCUGGGAAAUGUAAUAAAACAUGAGAAGAAAGAAAGUCUUAAUGAAAUAUGUUUGAUAAAACAGUCAUGUGAACUACAAGACAUGAAAUUGUCACAUGUAAAAAUUGAAAAGACUGAAGGAGAUGAAGUAACUUUUUCUAUGCAGCCAUUUGAAAACUACUGCCAUGGUCAAACUUAUAAUGUAAUCCCGGGACGUCAGGCAGAUGUUCUAAAGCAGGAGAUAAAAUUGUCUUGUACUACUGAAAGUGAUGACCCAUUGUCCUUAGCAUCAAGACUACUGGCUAUGUCAAAGAAGGCAGACAGAAACUUUUAUCCAGUGCCCAUCAUUUUGCCAAACUUAAAACUGACUGGACACAUACCUCUCCCAGAGCUGCCAUUGAGUGAGAUAAAAAACAUGAGGCAAGAAGAAGAAAUGACUUCAACAAAUGUAUUUCUAAAUGCAAUGCAUAAUCAUAUGGAACCAAGCCUAUCCAAUGAAAUUAUUUCAGAUAAGAUCAAGAAAUCUACUUGCACUGAUAAUCAUCAAAUAAAUAAACUUUUCACUUGCCAAAUUUGUCAAAAAAGGUUUUCUAGCUCUAAAAUAUUACAAAAUCAUGAGUUGAUUCAUACUGGUGAAAAACCAAAUAAAUGUCAAAUAUGUCACAAAGGUUUUUCUUCAUCUAGUUAUUUGAAACAACACCUACUGAUUCAUACUGGUGAACAACCAUUUAAAUGUGACACUUGUGGAAAAGGAUUAUCUUAUUUUUCAUCUUUGAAACAACACCAGCUAGUUCAUACUGGUGAAAAACCAUUUAAAUGUGACACAUGUGGAAAAGGAUUAUCUAAUUUUUCAUCUAUGAAAAAACACCUACUAGUUCAUACUAGUGAAAAACUAUUCAAAUGUCAAAUAUGUCAGAAAGGAUUUACUCAUUCUGAUUAUUUGAAAAAACACCAACUUGUUCAUACUGGUGAAAAAACAUUUAAAUGUCCAAUAUGUCAGAAAGUAUUUUCUAACUCUACUCAUUUGAAACAACACCAACUAAUUCAUACUCGUGAAAAAACAUUUAAAUGUCAAAUAUGUCGGAAAGGCUUUUCUAACUCUACUCAGUUGAAACAACACCAACUAACUCAUACUGGUGAAAAACCAUUUAAAUGUCAAAUAUGUCAGAAAGGUUUUUCUACCUCUGCUCACCUGAAAGAACACCAGCAGGUUCAUACUGGUGAAAAACCAUUUAAAUGUCAAAUAUGUCAAAAAGGAUUUUCAUCGUCUAGUAAUUUGAAACAACACCAAUUUAUUCAUACUGGUGAAAGACCAUUUAAAUGUCAAAUAUGUCAGAAAGGAUUUUCUUACUCUACUCAUUUGAAAAAACACCAACUGAUUCAUACUGGUGAACAACCAUUUAAAUGUGACACAUGUGGAAAAGGAUUAUCUUCUUAUUCAUCUUUGAAACAACACCAACUUGUUCAUACUGGUGAAAAACCAUUUAAAUGUCAAAUAUGUCAGAAAGGAUUUUCUAGGUCUAGUCAUUUGAAACAACACCAACUUGUUCAUACUAGCGAAAAACCAUUUAAAUGUCAAAUAUGUCAGAAAGGAUUUUCUAGGUAUAGUUAUUUGAAAGAACACCAACCAGUUCAUACUGGUGAACAACCAUUUAAAUGUCAAAUAUGUCAGAAAGGAUUUUCAUCGUCUAGUUAUUUGAAACAACACCAAUUGAUUCAUACUGGUGAACAGCCAUUUAAAUGUCAAAUAUGUCAGAAAGGAUUUUUGAAGUCUAGUAAUUUGAAACAACACCUAAUUGUUCAUACUGGUGAAAAAAACAUUGAAAUCAGCGUUUUCCAAACUUUUUUGUCUCGUAGACCCCCUGUCAUGUUUUCUAGUUUUUGGUAGACCCCCUGCUUAACUUAAAGUUUUUGCAAAUUCAUCAACAUUUUAAAAAAGUAAUUACUAACUGUAGUGAGCUGAGAAGUGAAAAAGUAAUUUGAAGCUAUAUAUUAAGUUAUAGAGAUCUAUCAUUCUUAUUGACAAAAUUCAAAUUUAAACCAAUUAAAAUAAAAAUUAAUUAAUAAUCAUUGCUGGAAAUGUUGUUGAUUGUUCUUUUCAGGCUUAAUAUCCAUACAAAUGAUAUUAUAUUUCAUAUAGGAACUUGUUGUUUUAUGAAGUAGUCCUUCAAACAUUAAAUAUUUAUUAAUUUGCCUAAUGUGUAUCAUUGUUAAAGUUUUCGCAAAGAGCUUAUUGCUCCUAUAAUUGUUGAUGUUUCAUGUGUGGAUCAAAUAUUGAGUCAGUAGAACUGUUUUCAUUAACAGCAGAAGGGUCGAAGGUGAGUAACUGGCUCCUUAAGCAGUAAGCUUCAAGCAGGAAGGUCACAUUAACCUUGGCUUGCUUCACACUGAAAACUGAAUUAAAAACUCACUGCCUUGCAACUAUACCCAAACAUGGUAAAUGUUUUCUGUGUCACCCCAAUAUUUCUAAUGACAGAUUUCAUGUUUUACAUAAUUGCUAUUGCAAUGGAUUGUUUGCAUUAGAAAUGUUAAAUCUUUUGAAACAAAGCUUUCCAAUUUCUACAAGCAAGCUAAAGAAAGCAUAUUUUGUUGUUUUCCUUUUCUGAAAGGUGAAACUAUUUCUAGUGAACUGAUUAAAAGUACAACACUUAUUAUUAAUUGUGCAAUUUAUAAAAGCAAAUUUUAAGACGUCAAGAACCAGUUUUCAAUACCCUUGGCUCACCAUUUAGCGCAGAAGCUUAUUCAGCUCCAGAGGACAUACUUUUAAACAAAGAUAAGUUCCAGUCAGUACUUCCACUGGAGUCUUAUGGGUGCCAGAAGCUGUAUUUCCACACUUAAAAAAACUUUUCUGCUCUUCACACUAUUUGGGUACAUAUACAUCUGUUCUACUUCUUCGUUCUCAUUUUACAUGUUGCAGGGUUCAGAUCAGUAAUCUUGUAUCUGAGAUGAACUGCGCAGUCGUUUCCAGAUCAGGCAGUUCUCCGAAUAGUUUUUGUUCUAUAGGAGGGUUUUGUGGCCAGAGUCUUGUUCGGGUCUCCUUGAUUUAGUAUGCAUAGUUUAAGAACAUGGUCAGCAUUCUCCGGAGUUUCUCCACAAGGGCAGGUUUCGCUCGUCCCGACAUUAAAUUUGCGGAACAUAUAUUGUCUCAAUGAGUGAACAAGCAUUUUUUUGUUUAAACUAAGAAAGUAUAGUCAAUGAUCGACGUUGACUGACUGUAAUUUGACAGCAGUCACAAGGGUAAAAACUAGUAAGCUAGUUCCACAUUUCCGGAUCAUUAUGCACAAGUGUAAAAACUAAAAUACUGCACAUUCAGUACAACUGUAUAUUUAUGGGGAUAGUAUGAUAUAAAAGACAACAGUAAUUUAAAAAAAAAAUUGUAAAUUAGUUUAAAAAAUUGCGAACUCUUGUUGUAAUUCCUCAAGGUGGUGUGUGGAAAAAAAAAGAAACGUGAAUAUAAUACAGUGUAUAUAUAAAUUAAAAGGCAUUCUACAAAGUUAGCUUGCGUUAUCUUUCUAAGUUGUGUGUGUAUAUAUAUAAAUAUAUAUAUAUAUAUACAUAUAUAUAUAUAUAUAUAUUAUAUAUGCGGCCCGCCAUUCCAAAUUUUUUUUUUUAAAUGCUGCCCUUGAUACAAAACGGUUGCCCACCCCUGAUCUGGAAUACUAGAAACACAUCAUACAGAUUCUAGAGCUAGAUCUAUUAUAUAAUACUAGACAUAUGUUAUCCACAUCUUUAUUUGUGCAUUACUGUCGAUAUAGUCACAAUUAAACGAAAUAAUAAUGUAAUAAGUAAAGCGAAAGUGUCAAUGUAAUAGUGUGAAUGAAGCUAUCAAAUAAAAAUAGCAAAUAGGCUUAAAUCCAUUUUUUCAAAUUAAAACAUUUGCUUGUAGGCCUACAUGUAUUUGAUUAAAAUUUGAGAUGAAUAGACUUAAUUUUGUAUGUUCUUGUGUUAAAGUAUAAAGUAGAUCUUGAGGUAGACAUAGAUCUAAAUCUACACUAAUCUAGAGUUAAAAAUUGGCUUUUAUAGAGUUCUUUCUGUGUUGCGCAUGCGUGACCUUUUUUCAUGAAUGAAUAUAGGCCUAUCUCAACACGGCUACACAACUUUAGCGAACAGCGAACGAAUGUAUUAAAAAUGCUUUAGAAAAACAAAUUUGAAUGUUAAAUUGAUUAAAAUAUCAAAUGAAUGGACAAUAAUUAGUAUGUUUAUGUGUUAAAGCACAAAACUAUCUUUGCGAAAAGAAGUUUUAUCAUCUUAGAGUUCAAUAAGAGUUUUAGACCUAGACCUAGGAAUAGACCUCACAUUCUACUUUAUAAUAUAAGAUGAAAAUAUAGAAUAUAAACUAGAUUAAAUUCGUUAGUAAGGAUAAAGUAGUAGAUUUUUAAAGAAGGAUCUGUGAUCCAAGCACUUGGACUUCCUUUCACUAGUAAAGAAGUUAAGACAAAGUUAACAAGUCAGGAAGGCCGAUUAAUCAUGAUCAUUUCAUGAUCAAGCUCAAAUGAAGCUGAUUGUCUAGAACAGCGGUUCUCAACCUUUUUAGCUCGGCGACCCCUAAUACGAUUCUCCACUAGGCGGCGACCCCCAACCAUAAAAUUUGCUUCGACCUUAGGCCUAAGUAGGCCCUAAAUGUGAUUUUGCUAACGUUAUAAAAUCAUGAUCAAAUUUGAAAUUUAUGAUUUAUUUAAGCUUUAUGUCAUUAUAUUAAAAAAUGUGCUUAAAAUACUAAAAAAAAAAUGACUUAUGACUUUCAUUAUUUAUUUUUCUAUUGCAUGUGUAUUAUAUUUAUGUUGCAUAAUUAAGUCACAAUUUGAAAUGUAUGACUAAGCUUGGAAAACGUUAGACUACAGUCUUUGAUAUAGUAAACUACAUUGCUAAAAAAAUAUUGUUGUAACAGCACUCUCAAACAAGCCAAUGUCAUUACGAAUGUUGAGAGUGUUUCUGAUUUACCAGUUCAGGAAUUCUAAGGACAGACUUUGCAAGAUCACAACGAAUAAAAUCUUCAGCAUCAGUCUAUUAUUCAGUUUAUUUCUGAAUUUAGACUUGAUAACUAGAAAACUGUUUCGCAAUGAUAUGUUGUUCAAAAUGGAAGAAGAAGGCACAAAACAAUCUCAGAUAGAACGGAAGAUGUCAGCAAAUUCAGAAUUGUGGAACUAACAUUGAAAAUAAAUAAUUUUUAGCUGCAUCGCUAAUGAUGUAAUGCUGGUGGCAGUGUCUUCUUUGCUAAUGCAUAUCCAUGAAUCCUACAGUAAGUUUCAAUGACUUUUGGUGACUUAUUCAGAACCAGACGUUGAAAUCAAAACCGACAUCCAAGCAUACUUGAAGCACCAUCUGUGUAGAUACCACAAAAUUUUUAAAAGAAAUCUUAUAUUGUCCCAAACAUAAACCGACUUUAUUAAAUAUAUAACGUGCUGUAGAGGUUGUUUCAAGAGUUUUGUUAAAUAGAGACUUGUCUUGUAAAUCACGUAAACCAAUAAUUGUUAACAACUGCAACGUCUUUGAAUUCAUCAAGCACUAGCUGCUACCAUGCUAGCAAAUCAUCCAAGUUCCCCUCACAGUCAGAUUGUCUUUUUACCGAUGCAAAAACAACCCUCCAAAGCCUGCAAAACUCUGAUUACUCAUAUAUUAAAAACCUCAGAACAGCACUUACAAAGCUCAACAACAACAGCAAAAAAAAACUGUAAUUCAAUGGAUACCAGCUCAUAUAGAACUAGAAGAAAAUGAGAAGGCUGACACACUCGCCAAGAGUGGGAGAACUAGCUAACUAAUAAACUCUGCACUCUAUCCAGAAGAAUUUAAGAAAUUAAUUGUAAAUAAAAUAAAGGAGAAAUGAACGAGCUCUCAUCCAAAUCACAAGAAAGAUGACGCUUACUAUAAGCUAUCCCGACAAGACCAACGUCUAAUCUUUCAACUCAGGACCGGACACAACAGAAUGCGACAAAACAUGUACCGGAAGCUCAAAAUUGGAACCAGUGAAAUCUGCCCAUGUGGAGUAUGACCAGAGAAUGCAGACCACGUCCUCCAAAACUGCUCUCUAUACCAAGAGGCCCGUAUAAGACAUUGGCCCCAAAUUACCCCAAUAGAAAGGAAACUAUAUGGAGAGCUCAUUGAUUUGGAAACCACUGCGCAGUUCAUCUCAUGUAUUGGUCUACUCAUCUGAACACUCCAACAUAACAAUGAGAACGAAGAAUAAGAAGAAGAAUCAAGCUGGAUGCUAAAUAAUGGCAGCGGAGAAGAUAUCAUAGCCUGAAUUACCUGAUCGAUAAUAUCAGAAGAAUUAUUCUCAAUGGGAAAAGUGUCAUUAGAUAAGAAAAUUGCACUAAAUUUAGCAACGAAUUCAGCUCCAUUCAUAACUCGAACAUGUCUAGACCGCUGGUAAUUUCAACUUCUUGUCAAUGGUGUGAGAUUUCAAAGCUCUGUCAAUUCAGAGAGAAACCAAUCAAGAAAUGAUAACGACCGAUUUGAUUAUGAAUUUAGUUUUUUUUUUGACUCCGUGAGCUUUAAAACGACUGGAUGUCCUUAUUGCAAAAGCUUAGACGUCUCUGUUAGCUCUGACUUCAUAAAACCAUACCGCAAAAAAAUCGUCAUUAUAUACUUACUUUUCGAACAUUCUUUUGUUCAAGAUCCAUAUUUAUGUGAUGCUCCGUAAAUUACCUUCAAUAACAUGGACUAGAAAACAAUUAUGUAUUAGUAGUUCUUAUUACUAGUUUCAAGACUAGCUCAAAUCUUCACCAUUGAAAUAAUGUUUGAUUCCGCAAUGGAGUUAUUCAAUGCGUUUGAAAAAAGAAGUAACUACCAAAGGAAAAAAAAAGGCUACCUUCAAGCAAUGAUGUUACACUCACUGAAAGUGCCCUCUGUAUCGUCUGGUAAAAAGUUCGUGUUUUAAACUAUGUCUACCCCAAUUUUUAUUUCGUUUAAUUGACGCUUCACAAUCGUUUAAUGAGGUAUCUGAAAUGUCCUAAUCUGCCCUUUACUUUAUACCUUAGAUUGUAAUUGUAGACCAUCUAUGGUACAAAUGUAUUUGAUACAGCACGUAGGAAAUAACCAAAAAAAAUAUUUCGAUGAAAAAUUGACGAAAAAAACACAAUUUCCGAUGGUCUUAGACGACCCCUGGAAAAUGGUCAUUCGACCCCCAAAGGGGUCGCUACCCACAGGUUAAGAACCCCUGAUCUAGAAUAUCUUGAUCUAGGUCAGGGGUGGGCAACCUUUUCCCAUCGAGGGACGCAUUAAAACAAUGGGAAUGGGAGGGCCACAUAUAUGUAAAUGAAAUAUGUAAUUACAAAUCAGAAAAAUACGGUAACUAAUUUAUAUAAUACCUUUCAAUUCACAUUUAUACUGUUGUAUUCAUUGGCAUUUCAUUUUUUUUACACUCCCAAUUGAGGAAUUAUUACAAAAGUCAUUUCUGAAACUAAUUUUACGAAAAUUUGUUUUAAUUUUGCUAUAAAAAAAAUAAAUAUAUGAAAUUUUAGCUUUUAUAUAGAACAACUUUCAUGCUUAUAACAUGCUCAGAGCGCUAUGGCCCAAUUUCAUUUGUGGACGAGUGGGGGGAGUGUAUCUAGGAGAAGGUUUUCCGUGCUGCCUUUAGGCGCUCAAUAAACACAACUCUGCUCGAUUCGGAUUUCGAACCUUGAGCCCCCUUCAUAGGUAGCCAAGUAUCGAAAUCCUUGAGCCCCCUUCAUAGGUAGCCAAGCUAAGCCAAGUUCAAGUAUAAAAUUUUUAUAGUAAUAGGCCUACUAGAUCUAGGUCUAGACUCUACUUAAAUCUAGUCUAAAAUAACGACUGUCUAAGACUCUUGAUGAUUGAGAAGUUCACAUUGAGGUGUUGUUAAUAAAACGGCAUGUCGUCUGAAAGUAUAUAAAGUGCUUUUUUUAUAUAUACUGAAUCAAUUGUACAUUAGCAGUUGCUAAAAAUUUACCAAUUAUGGGUUUUAUAACUCUUUGAAGUAAAGUAUCUAAUAUUACCCCACUUCCUAUAAUCAGGUUGAUAUUUUGGUGCGGGUGUUGCUAAUGAAGUUUUAUGAUUUUUAGCGGCUUCCCUAAAUCUAAGUUAUUCCGUUUCAGGGUGUUAGGCUUGGGGACUAUGAUGAAGAGUGUAAUUUUGAGCUCGCCACUGGAGCCUUGACUUAUUCUUGAUCCGUAUUGUAGUAUUUGAAGCUACGUAGCCGUAUGGUCGAAAUUGAGUGUGCUUGUGUGAUGUUUGUUUAUUUAUGGAAUGAACAAUGCCUUAUUUAAUUACCCAUGAUUUGUAUAUGUUCGGAAUAUUGUUUAUUUGUAUUUAGCCUUAGGAUUAAAUAUUGUUAUUAUUUAA